UCACACAUAUAAAAACGAACUGGCGCCCGUUUGGAGAAAGAGUUCUUUGUUGGCUGCUGCGGAUGAUGGUUCUGUGCGGACUAACUUAUAGAGAGAUAUUUAAAAAAAAUUGUGAAAAGUGAAUAAGAGGUUCAUUAACUAAAUGUACACCGAGAAAAAUGUUCAUCACAUCUCAAGAAUUCACUCACAAAAUACAAUCAUUUGGAUAAAAACCAAGCAAACAGGACUGUAAAGAUGGGGGAUUCAGCUGACCUGUCCACAAAAUGUGGCAGGUCAUGUUUCGUGCAACUCCAGAGACUUACUGAAGAAGAAAUUGCAAAGUAUACAACUGCAGGUGGUGUUGAUACCACUGAAGGUAAUCUAAACAGUCUGCAGUGCAGUAUUCCGACAAAACACAAUUUGCGUGAUGUUUCGCGUGUUAAAAGUGAAAUGUUUGAUAGCUAUAAAAAGUCUAGAGAGAAAUUUCUCAACAGGAGAUCACGUCAAUCUUCAACAGAAAUGACAGAUUUCAGUGCCUUUUCUGGUGACGAAUUUAGCGAACCUUCUGAAGAAGAAUAUAGAAGUUCACGAGUUCAUAAGAGAAAGAGGUUAGCUUAUGAAGAUGAUCUGGAAUGGAGUCCAAACACAGAUGGCAAGUACAAUUUAACUGAAAAACGUCCUAUAACAAGACCUCGGAAAAUAGGCUUGAGAGUAAAUACAAGAAGAAAGAGGAUUGAAAGCAACUCGAGCAGUUCAAGUGAUGAUGACUCUUUCUAUUAUCAACAAGGUGAAUAUCAGACUAAAUCAAGUACUGAAAAGACAUUAACUUCUAAUGGGGAUAUCCUUCUGAAUAAGACUAUUAUCACUCCAAUUUCAUCCUUGAAAAAAAAAGCAUCAGAUUCAUCUAAUAGUAAAAAAAGUGCUUCUAAAAUCUCCAGAGAUUCUUCUCCUUUAAUAGAUACUGAUUUACUUUCAAAAAUAAUGCAUGAAAUGUCCGAUUACAACAUGAAAAAUAGCAAGCCAGGCAAUAAAUCUAAUGAAAAUGAAGGAAUUGAAAAAUCCAAUAUUGAUAAUUCUAACACAGAAAUUAGCCAUUACCCUCCAGUGAAAAAGAGGCAGUCUCAUUUGUUUAAAAUUACUGAUGAGGAUGUAACUCCUCGUCUCACUUCUGUGCAGCAAAUUGUAAGGAAAAUGGUUAAUCAUGUUUGCUCGAGUGAAAGGCGGCGAUUACUUGCUGUCUCGGGUGGGAGUAGGAAAAAAAUAUGUAAAUGGUGUGAUGUACCGAUUUCACCGAUUAUUAUUAGUAAUAAUAAUGUUGACAGUGAUCUGUGUACAAAAUGUAGAAGUGUGAGCAAAGAUAGUAAAAUAUCAAAUAAAAAUCCCAAUAAAACGAAAAUUCUUGGUGGUGAAAUCAAUCCAAAAACGAAGAGUGGCAAUAAAAUAAAAAAUAAAUUGUUAAAAAAAUUGCCUAAGUAUGAUCAACAACGAUUGGCAUACAGUGGCCAAGCAGAUAAAUCAUCAGUUAGUAAAGGUUACAAUCAUUGUAAGAGCUUUGUCACUCCUAAAGACUUAGAUUCAUCUACAGUAGCUGAGAAAACUGCAGUUAUUAAAAGUUCUGAAAAGGUAAAAUUGAAAAAGAAAAAAGAUUCUUUUAAAAAGAACACAAAAGAUUCUGUGAAUCCACCCCUUAAGUCCAAAUUAAAUAAAAAGAAGAAGAAACUUCUCACAACAUCAGAAAAAAACCCUGAUGAAUCAAGAUUAAAACUAAAAAACUUAGUCUCUUCAGCAAUAAACAAAGCUGUUGGUGAAAAAAAGCAAAAGCAAGUAUCUGUAACAAAUGUUGAAAAGGGUUUAUUUUUAAUGACUUUCCCUGAACCACAUCAGGAGCUUGAGAUUCCUCCCAACGAGAUUAAUGCUCCUUCUGUUAGUGAUAAAAAUAUUGAAAAAAAUGCUUCUGGUGUAACCUCUCAGAAUCAGGCAGAUUUACUACAGAAUAAACUGAAGCAGCCUGUGACUAAUAAUGUGCAGUAUGGCAAUUACCUCUUGCCUCCAGUUCCUACAGUAGUUGUUGCUAAUUAUGCUGCUACUGAUGCCAAAAGCGGUGAUUAUUAUUUAUCUAGUGUGUACUACCAAAAUGAAAUGACACGAUCUAAAAAUGCUCCCCUGAAAAGUGAAAGUAUCAUGACUGUCACAACUGCAGGAAGUCUUCCAAGUAUGCCAUCACUUGAUCAAUUGUCUACUGUUUCUCCAUCUCCUACAUUUCGUUUCCCAGGAGCAAGCCAUCUUCAUUCUUUACCGGUUACAGAUUUUAGCUUACCUCCUAAUAUAAACACCUCUAAUAUUUUCCCACCAGCAUGCCAUCUUAAUUCUUUACCUAAAACAGAUUUCAGCUUAGCUCCUAGUAUAAACACUUCAAGCUGUGUUUUGCUUCAGCCACAUGUUAUUUCAACUACAACUAUUCCUAUUUAUUCAUCUCAAGAUAAUGUGAAUGAUUUUAGAAUUACUUCUGAAGUUCCAUCUACUUCAUAUCAAACUUCAAUAGAAUCAGAAAUUUCAUCGAUACUUAACAACCCUGAGAUACAAAUUCAGAAUUUGCAACCUAAAGAUUCUGAUAGUGAUUUUAAUUUAUUUGACAACCAAGAACUAGACUUGGCUGAUCCAUAUGAAGACAAUUCUAACUUGACUACUGAAAAUUGCACUGAGGAUCUCGGUGCAAUAAUAAAUGAUUCUGUUAAUGAAAAUCUUAAUACUGCAAGCUUUGAUGAUAAUUCGCUUAAUUCUGAAAUGCCAGCUAAGCAGACUGAUAGUAAUGAGAGCAUCGAAACAGAUAACAAAGUGCCUGAACAGAAUACAGAUUUUAGUCAAAGUUCAGCUGUUGAUGGAAAUAGUUCAGAAGGAAGCUUCUUUUAUCAGUCGGAAUCUGAAAAUCUUUCUUCAGAGGCCUCGUUAGAAGACUGCUUUGCUGAGUUGGAUGCCUUAUGUAUUUUAGGUCUUAUAGAUAUAGAGAAAAAUCCAAAAUGGACUUUAAAACGAAAAAUUGAUUUUAAUAAAAGUAAAUUGGAAAAGGUCAAAAGUGUAGAAACACAAGACAGUGCUACGCAAGCAAAAUUGAGAUAUCUAGAAUCACAUGGACGUACUUUGCAGAUUGCUAAUUUACUUUUAAACAAGUUUGGAACAUUUACCAAACUUUCAGACACCAUACUAAGAAAACAAAAGCUUCUUCAAAUAAAGAAAGAAAAAGGUUUAGAGCUUGAGGAAGCAAGGUCUUCUUGUCAAUUUGCAAACAGUGCACCACCUCCCCCAAUACUUCAAAACGAAUCAAUUCCGACAACAGAGAAGAUGCCUUCGGCUAUGGAAUUGAAAAUAGAAAAUGCCCAGUCAUGUGAUUUUGCAUCUCGAUUAGCAGAGCCAAUUAACCAUAUUGAGAAGAUACAGACUCAGAUUCAGUCUAUACAAGGAAAUUCCUCAGUGACAAUUGACCCUGGUCAGUUAGGGCUUGUACAUCAUUUUCCAGCCCCUGAUAUGCCUGUUGCUUCCAAUGCUACACUUUCUAUUGCACCAAGAACUGAAAUUAUGAGUGAAUUCCGAGAAACUCCAUCACGUGGCAGUGGACCUAGAACACCUGCCCGACCAGAAAGUGCUAUGUCUCAAAAUGAUGAUGGUGUCAUGACACCUCAACAGAUAAAAAAAGAACAAUUUGAAACCAAUAGUUCUCCAUUAUCCCAGUGUGCCUUUUCUCAAAAUGCUACUCCUUCACCUCAGAUACCUACAUCAACACCAAAUACAUCACAGAUUGCUCCGGUUAGUAGUCUGGCUUUAGUUUCUGUAAGUAACCAGUUAGUAAAUGCACUUGGGAAUCAACGGCAUCGUGCUAUAGCACCUGCUCUAUCUAUAAAUAACAACUCCCAGAUUCAGAAGAUGGUGCAGCAGCAUACUGUAACAUCUGCUGUAUCUAUUAGCAGUAAUAACUUGCAGAUUCAGAAGGUGAUGCAGAUGCACCAAGGACAAGUUGGACCACCUAAUGUUACUGUUCCAUUUCCUACUGGAAAUCAAAAUUUUGCUAAAGUUGUGGUGAAUAAACCUCCAGCACCCUCCAGUAUUAUGCCUAACCUAAAUACUAAUCCUUCUACUGCAAAUGUCAUUGUAAGAGGUAAUUAUAUGAAUGUCCAACCAGUUAAUGUACCAGGAACAACUGGUGGACAGCUAUUUCAGAGGUUUGUCCAGUCUUCAGUUCCAGCCAUAAACAGUAACAUGAACUCAUAUACUUAUAAACAAACUAUGAAUUCUGGUGGUACAAUGCUAGUGAACAGUAUUGGACAGAAUUAUGCCUUAGCCAAUUCUCAAGUCUUGAAUCAACAACAGGUGUCUCGUGUUUAUAACACUGGCAAUGUUCAGCAGCCUGUACAGGUUUCAAAUUCAGUCAAUCAAGCAUCUCCAAAUGCAACAUAUCUUAUGCCAAAUAGUAAGGUUCUCUUCUUUGAAAUACAGAGGUCCUGAUGAAUGCAUCAUCUGAUUGAGAUAAGACGAACCUGUCAUCAAAGAAACAUAUUAUGUCUUAAAACCUUCCUUCUGGCUGCUGGAACAGUUUAAAUGUCUUCAACUGUGAUACUACAAAUACUUUUUUUUCUUUACUAAGCAGUGCAUGUGAUUCUUUGUCUAAUUGCCCUUCCAUUCUGCUUCUUCCCGAUUGCAGUGCAGUUCAAAUAAUAUUGAUUGAAAACUAAUCAGUGUGUAUUGAAUACUGCUAUUUUUUGGAGUGUGCCAAAGUAAGAAUGUUGUGUAUGUUAAUUUGAGAAUUCUUGAGAAAGGGAAAUGUGAAUUCUCUAUUUUAAUGAAUGUCAAAGGAAGGCCAAUUUUGACUCUUUGCCCCCCCCCCAAAAAAAUCUUGAAAAAUAUUGUAAGUAUCUUUAUUUGCUGUAUUUAUUUGUACAUCUGUGAAAUAUAAUUUUUUUUCUUUUUUGAGAUGCAUCUUCUGUUAUCAUAUCAUACCAUUCACAAUUUUCUGUUAAUGAGUAGCAUUCAAUGUAUAUAUAAGUGUCAAAUAACAAAAAUAUUUAAAAUAUCUAAUCUGUGCCUUUGAGGCAAAUAUAAUAUUUAUAUUAAUUUAUGGAACUAUAUAAAAUUGUUAAAAUGUCCAAUUUUAUUAGUUGAAAUAAUACUGAUUAGGAUAUUCUCAAAAAUCAUUAUUAGCAUAAAAUAUUUUAAGAGACAUUGCUAAAAUAUUUUAUUUCGUAACAUUUUAUGAGACAUUGCAGAUGCGAGAUUCACAUUUGCUGUAUAAUGCGAUUCACAUUGAAGAUAUGAGAUAACAUUCAUGUAUAUAUUCAAAACAUUUUAUAUUGCUUGUCAAGCAUGUUAUUUACAUCUGAGAUAAAGCACUUAAAAUUGCUAUCUAUUAAAUUUUUUUAUUGGUAAAUUGUUUUAGUUUAUACUAUGUUAGUGAUACCUCUUUAAUUUUUGUGGAAGUGUAUUUCUUUUA